AUGCUUUCGUCUACUGCAUUUCGCAAAAGCAUGCCGCCCUACUCCCCAGAUAAGCCAUUUCAUGACCUUUUGCCCUUUAGCCCGUCCACUCCUGCUUCUGCUUCUCCCGGAAGCACGCUCAAAGAGAAGCCGCUGCCCCCGGGUGCUGUGAUCCGGUAUCUGUGGACAUGUCAUCAGUGCGGCUGCGGCACCUUUUGCUGCGACGACGCCUCGGUGGCCCUGUGCGUCCAGUGCGAGCACGAAAUAUGCAGCGGCUGCACGACGUCGUUUGGGAGUCGCCUCCUGCGCGGCGUCGAGGUGGAAGAUCUCCCCAAGCACGCCCCCAACCCCGGUUGCACCUGUGAGCGGUCCUCCAAGAUCAACCGUUGCCGAACCGGCCAUCCCAUCCGUCGGUGUCCCGGCCCUGGUGUCCGUCGCCUCCGUCACGCGCCAUACGCCCGUCCAACCUCUGUCCAGCACUGCAUCGUGACCUUUCGUCCGGGCCGCGACGGGCGCCCUGCUCUUGGCACCUUUUUCGUCGCACGGCCACGGUUUGAGACUUCUCGCUCGCGGGCCCGCGUGCGCGACGCGUCCACCGGCGACGAGACGCUCGACUGCAUUGCCAGCUCGGUUGCCGCGGCGCGGCCCGUCACCACGAUCCCGCCCAUCUACGACAUGCUGCGCCAGCCGCGGCCCGGAGAUCCCGUCGUCGCCCGGCUCGGCAUCCCGGUAAGCACGGUGGCGCUGGCACGCUUCUUUGCGACCGGCGCGUCGAGCGUCGCGCGCGCGCUGGGCAUGUCGGGUCCUGUUGUCUGCGUCCACGUCGAUCCCAUGCUGGCCUUUGUUGCCUACUACCUCUGCGCGAGCUUCUACGCCGUAUUCGCGGAGUGGAAGGAGAGAAUCGCGCGCCAGCUGUUCCGAGCGGCGCGGGAGUGA